AUGAGGCUAUCCCUUCUUCGCUGGGACCGCGCCGAGAAGGGGCGCCAGCAGGAGCCUCCGGAGGGGAGGGGCGCCGAUGGUCAUGAGCCGCGAACGCUUGACGCCCCGGAGGGGGGUGGGCGAGGGUGGCCGCCUCCGCCCGGCGAGGGAGGAGACGGUGACGAGGGGGAAGGGCGAUGGGGGGUAGAAGCGGCUGCUACGAUGGACGUGCCGUCUGAGGAUGACCUGUUUCCAGGAGACCCGGAACAGAAGAUGCGGGAGGAGAUGUGGAUGCUAUGCAACCUAGAUGAGCACCUCCUCUUGAGCCAGUUCCACGUACCGCCCCCGCCAGCGCAGCAGCAGCGGCUCCCGCCCCCCGCUACCGCGGCUAUGGAAGGAAACUCUGGCGGCGACGGCGGCGGCCUCGUAUCGAGCAACCCCUACCUUCGGCAGCCCAACGGGGUGCCGUUCACCGCCGCCGCCAACACCCGGGCCGGCGGCGCCUCCCCGGUGCCGGGGGUCGCCGCUAAUAGCGCCGCUGUUGCUGGUCCCGGAGUAGGAGGGAGCGAUGGCUGGCUGAGGGGGGGACGGGCAGAGAGGGACCACAGCAGCAGUAGCAACGGCAUGCGGAACGAUGACGCCGCCGUCCCUGCCGCCGAUGCGCGGGGGGGAAGGGGCCCCGCCGCGCCGCCGCCGCCACCGCCGCUGCCCCCGCCGCCCAUCCGGCAGCCGGUGAUGCGCAGCCGGCGCGGGGAGGAGGGAGGAGCCUCUCCUCCUCCCUCCUCCGGCAACGGCAACGGCGCGGCGCCAAGUCGAUACUCGCGGGGCCAGCCCCAGGACAGCGGUGGCACCAGCAGAGGGGGCGGCGGUAAGAACAGUGGUGGAGGCGUUGUUGACGGACCGGGGACGGUGGCGAGCGCGAGGUCAGCCAGAGGCGACGAGCACGGCAACGGUGAGCGGAGCGGCGGCGGCGGCGGCGACGGCGGAAACCGCCGCGCCCCCGUCGACCGCGUCGUGGCGGUGGGCUUCAAGUCCGGGGAGUGCGCGGUCCUGGACGCGACCACCGCCAACGCGCCGUCGUUCCUGUCGGUGCUCAACAAGGGCGGCGCGCACUGCGAGGGCCGCGUGACAGCCGUGCGCUUCGUGCCCGGGGCCGGGAAUCGGCUGUUCGUCGCCGCCUUCUCCACCGGGGCCGCCUACACGUUCGACAUCGGCCUCGACAAGGAGGCCCCGAUGGGCGCGGCAGCCGAGAAAGCUGCCGCCGCGGCAGCCACGGCAUCCGCUACCGGGGCUUCCAACGGCGGCGGCGGGGUGGCGGCGGGAGGUGGGGCCGCGACCGGAAAGAGACGAGGGUCGGGUGGGAAGGGAUCAUCGUCGUCGUCCGGCGGCGGUUGGGGGAGCGUGAUCGGGGGAAGGUCCACCCAGGAUAGCAUCGGCAGCAGCAGCGGCGGGGGAAGCUGGGGCCGCAGCCGGAGCAACCACGGAGCGUCGUCGACGUCGACGUCGUCGUCGAGCGGCGGCGGCGGCGGCGGCGGCGGCGGCGGCGGCGGGUCUUCGGCGGGGGCGGCGCGGUCGCUACCGACCUCCUUCACCGGCGGCGGCGGCGGCGGCGGCAGCGGCGGAGGAAAGAACGGUCGCAGCGGUAGUAGCAGCGGCAGCGCUAGCGGGGGUGGAGGGACCGGCAACGGCCCGCCGCCGUCGUCGGACCGGGGAGGCGGUUUUAUGGUGGAGAGGAACGGGGUGGCGGGGGCGAACCCGGUCUCGAGGUGGAGGGUCUCCUCGGACGGGCGGGAGAUCACGGCGAUGGUGUUCGCGCCGCUCCAGCAGGCGGACGGGAGGCGCCUGGUCGCCUUGGCGGCGCUUGACGGGGUGGUGCGCGUCGUGGACUACGAUGAGCAGGCUCUGGUGGCCGGCUUCAAGUCUUGGUUCGGGGGUAUCCUGUGCCUGGACUGGAGCCCGGAUGGGCGGUACAUCGUCACCGGUGGCGAGGAUGACGCCGUUACUCUCUGGUGCGUGGAGACCCGCACGUGCGUGCUGAGGGGCGAGGGGCACGGGUCCUGGGUGACGGGGGUCGCUUUCGACUACUGGACCAGCAGGAGGCCGUACUACCGCUUCACGUCUGUGGGGGAGGACGCCCGGCUCUGCAUGUGGGAGCACGAUGAAAUGGCGGGGUCCCUGCUCCACGGGGCCGGCGGCGGCGGGGGGAGGCUUCGCGGCUCCCCCCCGCCUCCGCCCAGCCUCCAGCACAGGCUUCGUCUGAGAACCUUAGCCGCAGCGGCGGGGCCGCUGGCGGCGACGGUGUCGGGCCGCCGGUCUCGACGGGGGUUCCGGAAGGACGGGCGUCUCCGCGGGAUGGCGAUGGUGGCGGGGAAGAAGACGACGCAGAGGUGGCGGGAACGGUCGGAGUGGCGAGCGGCGAGCUCCGGCGGCAACCCGGCGGCGGCGGGCACCGGGGGCGGGGGCAGGCGCGGAAAGGGCGGCGGCGGCGCCGGGGCGGCGCAAGGAGAAGCCGCCGAAGAGGGAGAAGGUAGAGGGAAGCAGGACGAGGAAAGAGGGAGCGGCGGCGGUGCGGGCUACGUGUACCCGGCUCUCAGCAGGCAGUCGACCCCCCGGGGGGAGCCCCUGUGCUGCAAGCGCCUGGCGCAGGUGCCGCUGAGCCAGGUGAUGGUGGUGAGGGCCGGGGUGGUGACGCUCUGCGCCGAAGGGUUGCUAAAGCUCUGGGCGCGGCCGACGAUGCCGCCGCCGCUGCCGCCGCUGCAGAUGGACGGGGCAGACUUUGGGAGAGGAAAGGGAGACGACAGCGGUAGCGGCGGCACGAGCGCGGCAAUGGACGGCCAGCAGGAAGAAGCAGGCACUGCGUCGCCGUCGCUCGAGUCUUCAUCCCUCCGCAGCAGCCCCUCCUACCGCGGCAAGACCGUCGCCGCCUCUGUUGGCGGCGGGGGCGGCGGCGGCACCGCCGCCGCCGCCGCUGCCGUCCGAAACGCCACCUCUUCUUCGGCCCCUGGCGCUAGCGCUAGCGCUGGCGCCGCAACUACUACUACCGCGGUGGCUGAAGCAACGGCGGCCGGCCUCUCGGUGGUCGGAGUAGACCCGUCCUCUGGCGGGGGGAGCAAGAACGACCCUUCUUCCCGGGGGGGCAAGAACGCCAACGCGGCGGUGGUGUCCCCCUUGCAGCCCGCCGCCCUAGACGCGCUGAUCAACACCGAGAUCCUCACCCCUCGGGCGGACGGCGGCGGCGGCGGCGGCGGCGGCGGGGGAGCGACGGGGACAGGCGGGCCCGCCAACGGCAAGAAGAAGGGCUUCUUCGCCAAGGUCAUCUUCUCCAAGAGCUCCGCCGGUCGAAAUGGCGGUGGCGGCGGUACCGGCGGCGGCGGAAGCGGGGCAGGGUCGCGGCAGUACAACAACAACGACGACAACGGCGGGUUCUCCGCCUUAUCGGCAGCCAACGCCAAGGGAAGAGACCCUUCCGAGCUGAAGGGGCGGAAGGCGGCAUCCCCGCCCGACACCAGGGGAGGAAGCAGCGCCGUCGCCGCUUCCGAUGGCGGCGAGGUGGCCGGGUCCGCCGCCGCUGCUGGCGGACGAGGGACACGUGGCGGCGGCGGCGGUGGCGGCGGUGCGAGAAGAGGUGGCAGCAGCGGCACGCGUAGGCUAGCGCGCUAGGAGCAUAUACUGAUUGGUUGUGGGCUGGGUCCAGGAGGGAUUUGGCAGAGGAUAGGCGUCGAGUUUUUCCUUUGCCCCGGGCUUGCUGUAGCGGGAUGCUCGAAACUGUAGUCGUGGCGCUAGCUCCAUGCGGAAGCGGCGUAUACUGUCAGCAAUAUACAUAAGUUUGCCAUCACACGGGAUGGCAGGUACAAUGCUUUUUCUUUUUACGUUAGUUAGUCGACAUCGUGCUACAGUACAUGCUGGAAUGCCAGCCGAGAUCCGCCAACGUAUAGUUGUGCAGGGCGCAUUUUCACCUACUGCUGUCUUGUUGCAGUCGAGGGCGUACAAGCUGCUUCUCCUUGCUUUUCAUCCAUUGUCGGCAUACCCCUCGCGUGCCUUGGUUUUUCAUUCUCUUGGUGGUGUUUUUUUCGUGUUCCACACGUGGGUGGCCGGCCUCUCUGUGCGUCGUUACGAUGUGUUGUUUUUCCGGUUAUAAUUGUAAAGCUGUGCAGUGCAAUUGUUUUUCGUCUUGCGUCUCUACGAUCUCUUGGUGAUACUAGUGUGUGGUUAGGCUAGGCUUUCUCUGCUGCUGUCGCGGGACGAGAUUUCGAUAAUUUUUCGUGUUCCUUGGGUAGGUGAACCUUCGGUCGGGCACUCUUUUUUAACGAAAAGCAUGGAUGGCAUCCCAAACAUAUAUUUCUGCGUCUUGGUUUACGUGCUCGUGGCAAACGCUCGUCACAAAAAUAAUCGACCUUAGGUUGGGUGGGUGUGGGUGAGCCAACACUUCUGCUGUGGUGCCCGUCUGGUUGUGCUGACGUAGCUCCUUAGGAGCCGUUGGUCUCU